AUGGUGCUGAGGAACUCUGAGCUCAUACUCCUAAGGAAGCUGUUGCACUUACAAGCCGGGGAUUUAAACUACCAUGGUGCCGGGCUCCAGCUCCAAGGAGAUUUCACCAUCUACGGCAUGUUCCCUAUCCACAAUGCAGAUGCCACUAUCCAGACUACACCUCAUAUGGCAGACUGUGCACAAGGGGCAGCCAACAAGUAUGGCUACCACUUGGUGCAGGCCUUGCGGUACACGGUGGAGGAGAUCAACAACGGCACUCAGACGGGACGGCUCCUGCCGGGUAUUACUCUGGGCUACCAGGUGUAUGACACGUGCUCACUCCCUGCCAGUGUCCUGGCUACAGUGGACCUGCUAGCCCAGCAGUAUGACAGGGCAGGAGUGGGACCCCAGGCAGUGGCUCUCAUCGGUCCGGACAGUAGCAGUUAUGCUUUCACCCCAGCGGCUGCACUGGGCUCUUAUCUGCUACCUGAGAUCUCAUAUGAAGCAUCAAAUGAAUUGCUGAGUAACAAAAACAUAUACCCAGCUUUCUUCCGCACCAUCCCCAGUGAUAAAAACCAGGUCCAUGCCAUGAUUGAGAUUCUUGUGAGAUUCAACUGGACCUGGAUUGUUCUUCUGGGCAGUGACAACUCAUAUGGGCUGCAAGGAAUGCAGAGCCUGUCCACGGAGCUGUCAGACAGUAAUAUAUGUAUUGCAUACCAAGCUGUAAUACCAAGCCUUACUGACAGAACACGUCAAAGCCUGCGGGACAUGGUCAAAAAGAUUAUCAAAACCAAAGUCAACACCAUAGUUGUGUUUUCCAGCAAAAGAAUUGUCUCAGGCUUUUUUCCAUUUGUGAUCGAAUACAAUGUGACUGGUAAGGUGUGGAUUGGGACGGAGGACUGGUCUGUGGCAACCUUAGUGUCUGGAAUCCCAGGAAUCAGUUCUAUUGGAACUGUCAUAGGUGUGUCCAUCAAAUACACGCCUUUUUCUGGGUUCAGAGACUUCGAGAAGCAGUCUGUUUCUAAGCUUAAAGAUAUCAGUAUGUCACACAACAGCAGUGAAAUGAGGGUUCCCUGUGUGCAAAAUACAGACCUGUACACAAUGGCAACUCAGAACUAUUCCCUGGAGGAAUAUGAUAUUUCAUCAUUUUUUAAUGUGCAUAAGGCGGUAUAUGCAGUGGCUCAGGCACUGCGGCAGGUCCUCAACUGUGAUUCAGCAGAAUGUCAGAAAACCCAAAUACAGCCAUGGCAGAUCUUUCAACAUUUAAAGCAUGUACGGUUUUCAGUCAGAAACACUUUAGUAUAUUUUGAUGAAAAUGGAGACCCCCCCACAGGAUAUGACAUUGUGACAUGGAUAUGGCAAAAUAAAACAUGGUCAUUAAGAGUGGUGGGGACAUUCACUCCAGAUCCCCCUGAUCUUCAGCUGGACCCUUCGCAGAUUCAGUGGAGGGGAGACACUUCAGAUAUAGCCGCUGUGCCUGUGUCACAGUGCUCCCCAGAGUGUCCCUUUGGGCAGAGUAAACUCCAGGUUGGACAGCAUAAGUGCUGUUUCAAGUGCAUGCCAUGCCCAGUUUCCACUUUUCUCAACAAUACUGGCUCUACCAGCUGCCAGCCAUGCAAGCGAAACCAGUGGUCUCCAGCCCAGAGUGAGGAGUGCCUGAACAGAGAGGUGCUGUACCUGCCUUGGGAGGCUCCACUGGCCUUCGCCCUCCUGGUUCUGGUGGCCUUGACCCUGCUGCUCACCCUGGGAACCACUCUGGUCUUUCUGCUCAAGCUGAACACGCCAGUGGUGAAGUCUGCUGGGGGCAGGACCUGCCUACUGAUGCUGCUGUCGCUGAGCGCGGCCUGCUGCAGCACCCUGGCCCACUUUGGCGUGCCCUCGCAGCUGUCCUGCCUGUUCCAGAAGUCCUUCUUCAUCCUCAGCUUCACCGUCUGCCUGGCCUGCGUGACCAUUCGCUCCUUCCAGGUAGUUUGCAUAUUCAAAUGGUCUUCAAAGCUUCCUCGGUUCUAUGAGACUUGGGCCAAAAACCGAGGCCCUGAGAUCUUCAUCCUGGUCAUCUUCACGGCAGAGUUUCUCAUCUCGGUUCUCAGUGUAACUUUGGAUCCACCUUUGCCCUCAGAGAACUAUGACUUCUACCAUGACAGUAUCAUUCUGGAGUGCACCAACAUCAUGUCUCCUGGAGCAUUUGUAGAGAUCACUUUUAUGUCUCUGCUUAGUUUACUUUGUUUCUGCCUCAGUUACAUUGGUAAAAACCUGCCAGCCAAUUACAAUGAGUCCAAGUGCAUUACAUUCAGCCUCAUGGUCUAUAUUAUGUCCUGGAUCUCCGUCUUCACGGUUUACACUGUUAACAGAGGGAUUUUAGCUAUAGCUCUGGAGGUGACUGCAGUACUUUCCAGUGUUCUUGGAAUACUUGGUGGAUACUUCUUACCUAAAGUAUAUAUAAUUUUGUUAAAACCCCAAAUGAACACCAUUGCCCACUUCCAAAACUGCAUUCAAAUGUAUACCAUGACCAAACAGUGA